CCUCCUUCAGCGCCACUUCUCCUUCCACAGUAUCACUCUAAUGACGAUUAUCGAACUUUCGCUGCCCUAUCAUCCCCGUCACCCUCUCCUGCUGCACAACAAAUUCCUGUCUCACCUACUUUCAGUUCCAUGAUUGAAGACGCUGUCGCUCCCAAGUCUCAGAGGUCGCAUCUGGGUGGCAGAGUCUCUCAAUCUUCGCAGGGCUCUGCAUCUUCGCUAGAGUCUUGCGAUGCGGUGGAGCAGCAGUUGACGCAAGAGGAAAAAUUCGACUCGGACGCACCGGAGGAAAUCGAUUCCGUAUCUCAAGGGACGGGGCUGCGAACGACACCGAACUCCCCAACCUACGCCAAUGAGCUGCAUUGGUCGGAUUAUGCAGACCAUUUGUCAUCCUCCCACUCUUAUUUUCCACAGUCGCGCAUGUCAGAUACAGGUCCAAGUAGCCCGGACACCAUAUCUUUUCAGCGUCCCACCCAAAGCUGGUACCAGACACGAACACCCAGAAAGCGGUCUCGUGGUUCCAAGCCAUCAAUUGCAGCACCAUCACCUCUGUCACACAAUGCCUCACCCGUGUCAUCGUCGGCAAAUUUUGGUGCUGGGGCAACUCAACCUUCUCAGAGGUCGGACGGCGCCGAUGGAUCUCAAUGGGACGAUUUUUCUGCUAUUCCUUCCCAGUCUAUCCCUCCGCUACAGACACAAGCCCCAUAUCGGAGCCAGAGUCCUGACGAAUGAGGAUAGAGUUGCUCUUCACUACUCUAUAUCGAAUAAUGCGCCCCCAUCAUUUGCUCCGAAGUCCUGAACAUGUAUUUAUUAGUCUAUUCUGGAGGAAUCAUGCAUCAAAACGAGGAAAUGUUGACGAGCUAUUUUGU